GUCCGAAUUUGGCUGAAAUUGGGGAGGAAUUCCGGUAGCUUUAGGAUGAAAUUAAGUAUUGAUUUAAGUGGAAUUUAGGUAAUUGAGUGUUAAUUGACUGUUGUGUGAUUUUUGGAAAGAAAACUCCAUGAUUAGCUAGUGUUUUGGCUAAUGUUUGGAAGUGGCAGUACUGUUCACGUCGUGGUACUGUUCACCGAACACUGUUCACGGCACUGUUCACAAAACACUGUUCACACACCAAGGGUUAACGAUUAACGGGAUUUAAAGGUUUAGUUUGUGAUAUAAGAAUGAAAUUAGAGAUGUUCGGUUAUGUGGAGAUUGAUAGAAAUAGCACUGUGAUUGGGGGUAGUGUUGAUGAUGAUUUCAGUUUGAAUUUAUGGUAUUGCGAUAUUAAUUCUUGGAAUAUUGUGAUUAGGUUUUGAUCGUUCUGUUAUCGUAGCACUUGGGUUAGCCUUCUGUUCUGUGCGAGUAAGGUAAGUAAAUUAUGGUAAAGCCCUUCGAUUUUAAAGCAUGUUUUAAACUGUUUUUGAGAUGGUGGCAAGGUUUAAAUUGAUUUUAAAUUGAUUUUAUCAGCAUCUGAAUGUGAUUAAACUGAAAUGGAAAUUGUAAUGGUUUUUAUGGGAAUUUCCUUGUUUUUCUGAAAUUGAGCAUGAUUGGAAUGAAAAUGAGGAUUUUAUUGAUUUUCUGGAAAUGAGCAUGAUUGAGAAAUGAAAAUGAGAAUUUCAUUGUUUUUCUAGAAUAGAGCAUGCCUAUUUGGGAAUUGACGGAACUGUUUUGAUGAACUGAGAGUUUGCAAAUUCUGAGUUUUCUGUUAAAUCCAUGCCCGCAUGGAAAUUUUCCGGUUUGUUCUGAAAUUCGAGAUUGAUUGUGAAAUUCGGGUUUUUCUGUAAAUCUUGCAUGGAUUUGUCUCGGAUAUAGUCAUGAUUACUGACGCCCGCUAGUGGGAGCUGUAAACGCUAGCACAUGUCGACAUGUAUUUCUGUGG